CUUCCUCCCCAGCCCCUCGGUCGCCUCCCUACGCCGCCGCCCGGGCCGGCUCCGCGCCCCCUCCCCGGCCCCCGCCCGCCCGCCGGCCUGCCGGCCGCCCCCAUGGCGCCCCGGGCCCACACUGCACGGGGCCACUAGGACCCUCGGUGUCCCCUCCCCCGCCCUGCCCCCUCUCCCGCGGCGCGGACUUGGGCGUCCACGGCGCCCAGCUUUUGAGCUCGCGUCCCCAGGCCGGCGGGGGGGGAGGGGAAGAGAGGGGACCCCCGGAUCCCCCCCCCCCCCCACCCGGCCGCCCCUGCCCCCUGGGACCCGGAGAAGAUGUCUUCGCGGACGGCGCUGGCCCCGGGCAACGAUCGGAACUCGGACACGCAUGGCACCUUGGGCAGUGGCCGAUCUUCAGACAAAGGACCGUCCUGGUCCAGCCGCUCCCUGGGUGCCCGCUGCCGGAACUCCAUCGCCUCCUGCCCCGAGGAGCAGCCCCACGUGGGCAACUACCGCCUGCUGCGCACCAUCGGGAAGGGCAACUUCGCCAAGGUCAAGCUGGCCCGGCACAUCCUCACCGGGCGGGAGGUUGCCAUCAAGAUUAUUGACAAGACCCAGCUCAACCCCAGCAGUCUGCAGAAGCUGUUCCGAGAAGUCCGCAUCAUGAAGGGCCUCAACCACCCCAACAUCGUGAAGCUCUUCGAGGUCAUCGAGACGGAGAAGACACUGUACCUGGUGAUGGAAUACGCAAGUGCCGGAGAAGUGUUUGACUACCUCGUGUCGCACGGCCGCAUGAAGGAGAAGGAAGCUCGAGCCAAGUUCCGACAGAUUGUAUCGGCCGUGCACUACUGUCACCAGAAAAACAUUGUACACAGGGACUUGAAGGCCGAGAACCUCUUGCUGGACGCCGAGGCCAACAUCAAGAUCGCCGACUUUGGCUUCAGCAACGAGUUCACACUGGGCUCGAAGCUGGACACGUUCUGCGGGAGCCCCCCGUACGCCGCCCCGGAGCUGUUCCAGGGCAAGAAGUACGACGGGCCAGAGGUGGACAUCUGGAGCCUUGGCGUCAUCCUGUACACGCUCGUCAGUGGCUCCCUGCCCUUUGACGGGCACAACCUCAAGGAGCUGCGGGAGCGCGUCCUCAGAGGGAAGUACCGGGUCCCUUUCUACAUGUCCACCGACUGUGAGAGCAUCCUGCGGAGAUUCUUGGUGCUGAACCCCGCCAAACGCUGCACUCUCGAGCAAAUCAUGAAAGACAAGUGGAUCAACAUCGGCUACGAGGGCGAGGAGCUGAAGCCAUACACGGAGCCUGAGGAGGACUUCGGGGACACCAAGCGAAUAGAGGUGAUGGUGGGUAUGGGCUACACCCGGGAAGAGAUCAGAGAAGCCUUGACCAGCCAGAAGUACAACGAAGUGACUGCCACCUACCUCCUGCUGGGCAGGAAGACUGAGGAGGGUGGGGACCGCGGCGCCCCAGGGCUGGCCCUGGCACGGGUACGGGCGCCCAGCGACACCACCAACGGGACAAGCGCCGGCAAAGGCACCAGCCACAGCAAAGGGCAGCGGAGCUCCUCCUCCACCUACCACCGCCAGCGCCGGCACAGCGACUUCUGUGGCCCCUCCCCGGCACCCCUGCACCCCAAGCGCAGCCCAACCAGCACCGGGGAGGCGGAGCUCAAGGAGGAGCGGCUGCCGGGCCGGAAGGCGAGCUGCAGCGCGGCGGGGAGCGGGAGUCGGGGGCUGCCCCCGUCCAGCCCCAUGGUCAGCAGCGCCCACAACCCCAACAAGGCGGAGAUUCCCGAGCGGCGGAAGGACAGCACGAGCACCCCCAACAACCUCCCUCCCAGCAUGAUGACCCGCAGGAACACCUAUGUUUGCACAGAGCGCCCAGGGGCCGAGCGCCCGUCCCUGUUGCCAAAUGGCAAAGAAAACAGCUCGGGCACCCCACGGGUACCCCCCGCCUCCCCCUCCAGUCACAGCCUGGCUCCCCCAUCUGGGGAGCGGAGCCGCCUAGCACGCGGCUCCACCAUCCGCAGCACCUUCCACGGUGGUCAGGUCCGGGACCGGCGGGCAGGGGGCGGGGGCAGCGGGGGCGUGCAGAACGGGCCCCCAGCCUCGCCCACGCUGGCACACGAGGCUGCACCCCUGCCUGCCGGGCGGCCGCGCCCCACCACCAACCUCUUCACCAAGCUGACCUCCAAGCUGACCCGUCGGGUCACCCUCGAUCCCUCUAAACGGCAGAAUUCUAACCGCUGCGUUUCGGGCGCCUCUCUGCCCCAGGGAUCCAAGAUCAGGUCGCAGACGAACCUGAGAGAAUCGGGGGACCUGAGGUCACAAGUUGCCAUCUACCUUGGGAUCAAACGGAAACCGCCCCCCGGCUGCUCCGAUUCCCCUGGAGUGUGAAGCUGACCAGCUCGCGCCCUCCCGAGGCCCUGAUGGCAGCUCUGCGCCAGGCCACAGCAGCCGCCCGCUGCCGCUGCCGCCAGCCACAGCCGUUCCUGCUGGCCUGUCUGCACGGGGGUGCGGGCGGGCCCGAGCCCCUGUCCCACUUCGAAGUGGAGGUCUGCCAGCUGCCCCGGCCGGGCCUGCGGGGCGUUCUCUUCCGCCGUGUGGCGGGCACCGCCCUGGCCUUCCGCACCCUCGUCACCCGCAUCUCCAACGACCUCGAGCUCUGAGCCACCACAGCCCGGGUCCCUUCCUCUUCCUCUCUCGUUCCCUUCGCUUCUACAGGAGGAAAAGGGGACAGGGAGGGGAUUCUCCUUUUGUCAUCACCUCGGUUUCCGUGGAUUUGGUUGGGGACAGAAGUUAUCCCCUCUGCUGUUCUCCGGGGCUGCUUGGCACAGGAGAAGGAUGAGGGGACUUGCCGGGGGAGCUGGCACCCUCCUGGAGGCUCCAGCCAGUCCUGCUCCCCCUCACCCUGCGUGGGGGCACCUGAGGAGACUUUGGGGGCAGGACAGGCGGGAAGGGACCCGAGGAGAACAUUCCUCCAGCAGCUCAAGAACUAGGCCUCUGGCAGGGCAGGGGAGCUGCUGAGCCCAAGACUGGAGACUCAUGGGGGGCUGGGAAUGGGGUCAGAGAGGCAGAGUCCUUCCCCUCCCCCACCCCUUAUGCUCGAACCCCAAUUCCUGCCCCAGGCUGGCGCGGGGCACUUUGUACAAAUCCUUGUAAAUACCCCACCCCCUUCCUCUGCAGAGGUCUCUCAAGCUGCCGCUGACACCUCGGGUUUUUAAGUUAUUACCCCCCACCCUCCUUCCACCAGCCCCUCACCUGCAGCCUGUUGCCCAAUAAACUUAGGAGAGUCCCCCACACCGACCCGGGGCUUUUCCUUCCCUGCCCUCCCCUGCAGGUGAGCGGAGAGGAGGUGUGUGACUGGGGCCAGUGGCUUCUCUCUGAGCCUGUUUGGUCAUCUGCAGGGCGGGAGUGGCGGCGGGUGUGAGGGUGAAGGAUUGUAGUGGGAAAGGGCAGGACAGAACUUGGCCCCAUCCAGGAGGCCCCAUCCAGGUCCUCUCUUGGGGACCCCCAUUUGUCAACUCCCGCCAACUAUAUUACACUGGACUCAGCCUCUUCCUACUCCAGUAGUAAAUUUAUUCAAUAAACAGUCAUUGACCAGUGCCUA